UCCAUAUUAAAAUUUCUUGGAGUUGAACAAUCUAAUCCAAACACCUUUAACGAAAAAGAACAAAAUUUCCCUAACCAUAUUUCCUGCCUUUCGCAUCUAUCGUUGUAUGGGUGAAGCGGUGCUGAUUGUUGCCAUAAUAAAAAGAAACCACUUUUGCCAAUACCAUUUCCAUUAAAAAGCCCUAAGUUUUUACAGAAUAACUGUUCUUCGCUCCAGGUAACUUCAAGAACUGGAAAGCUCUCAAAAUUUUCAGAUUUCAACAGAAAAACUGCUGUUGUCGACGGUUGGAUAUAUGUCCCAAAAUCAAUCAAGGACCGGAAAUCGCGAUUCUCACCAGCACAGGAAGCCCGGGAGACCCGGCAGCUUUAACCAGAAUCGCGAUAGUAAAGGAGGCGGUGGAAGCGGUGGCUUUGCCCCUGCUUCAAGUCCAUCAUCGCCAUUCAACAAGAAGCAUACCAAUGCAGAAGGAGGAUAUCAGGCAAAAAGUGAUCCAAGCGUGACCUCAUCUCGGGCAGUGCAGGAUGUUUCGCGUCAAGAACAGUCAUCAAGUGGACUCUCAGAUGCACAUAUUACUGCUCUGAGUCUUCCUUCUUCAAGUACAUCUCUUAGUAACCCUGAUGCACUAAAGCAGAAAGAGAACCGAGGUGUACCAAGACCUCCAUCUUCCAAUUUCCCUGCUGGUCCAGAUUAUAAUGUCCCUGCUACUCCUGUAAAAGCUCCAGCGGAUGGUUUUGGGCCAGUCCCUCUACAGUUUGGUUCAAUUAGUCCUAGUUUCAUGAAUGAGAUGCAGGUUCCUGCUCGAACAAGCUCAGCACCACCAAACAUGGAUGAGCAGAAUGGUAGCAAGGCUUGCCUUGAUUCUGUGAAAGCCAUGCCUGGAUUGCCAAAUCCAUCCACGUCCACGCUCCCACCAGGAAAGGGCACAGAGAAGUUUGAGCAAUCUAGUAACAUUUCAGGUUCGAGUUCAGUUCACUCCAGGUCCAAGAGGGAUGUGCCUGUUUCCACUCCACCGUCACAAAUGCAAAAACCAUUUUCUCAUCCUAUGACUGGAAAUCAUGUGCAAGUUUCACUCUAUCCGGCUCAUCCUCAGAUUCCUGUUGAAUUUGGGGGCCGUGGUCAAUUUCAACCAAAGACCUCAUCUUUGCCAAUUCAAAUGACGGUUCCUCUAUAUGUAAAUCCGUCUUUACAGCAGCCAAUGUUUGUCGCGGGUCAUCCAUCCCAUCAUCCUAUGUCAUCUCAGGGAAUCUGGCAAAAUGGACAAGGUUUAAGCUUUUCAUCUCCUGGAAUAAAUCCCCACGCGCCCUUCCCCCCACAGUUGGGAAAUAUGGGAAUGACAACUAUUCCUUCUCCGUUCCCUCAACAACAUGCUGUAAUGUAUGGAAGUUUUCGUAAAACUAUAAAGAUAAUCGACCCAAAAACUCAUGAAGAGUUAAGGCUCGAUGGAUCACAUCCUAGCAUCCCAGUUGAAUCACAACCGCUAUCUUCAUUCCCACCAACUUCACAACACUAUUAUCCUAAUUCCUAUAAUAAUAAUAGUUCAGUAUUUUUCCAAGCUCCAAACAGUUCCCGAGUUUCUCAGGCAACAAGGGUUCAUAAUCAGGUCACGAUAAAACCGGGACCCGGCAAACUAGGGGAAAAUGAUCAGGUUUCAGUAAAACCUCCUCCUGACAUACUAAGGGGGAGGGAUCACUUAACUGUAAAGGAUUCUCGCGAACAUUCAAAGCCACUUGUGGUUGAUUCAGUUCACCCACAGAAAGGUUUCCAAACACCUAGAGAGAAUCUCAUGCAUGUACCAAUGGGCACUGCUGAGGAAUCGGUCCUUGAUGACAUCACAGAGCAGCAGAAGAGAGGAGAGAAUAUAGGAUUUCUGACUGUGCAAGAUCAGGCUGCAGAAUCGUCCACUUCUGGUUUAGGUUUGCCUUCUUUUCCCCCACAAACCGAAACCGUAACUAAAAGGGAUUAUGCUGUUGAUGAUAUCAAUUCCAAAGGUAAGGAUUUUCAAAUAGAAAACUCUUCCAAACCUCUUGGUACAAAGAGGGAAGAGGACAACGAAGAUGACAAAGAAGUAAAGUCGUGUACUGUUAGUAUACAAGACAAUAACAAUUCUAAGACAGAUCCAAAGUUCACUUCUUUAGCAUCUUCUGAGUUAAUUAAUCAAAUUGAGAAGGGCCGUCUACAGAGGUGUGCUAGUACCAGCAUUAAUAAUUGCAGUUCAGUAGAAGUUACUCAGGAAAAGGUCAAUGAACCUGCUACAUGUUCCAGUGAGGCUGAUAGUUUAGAUGUGAAUUCCAAAAGAGUCCCAGUUUCGGCAGGUUUAUCUACUCAAGAUCAGCAUACGGGCACUAAAGAAAUAGCUUUUCCCACAAGUGUCAUUGUUGAGGAGAAUUUUUUGGUAGACCACGAUGCGCCAACAAGUGCUGCUGCUAGAAGAGUAAAGGAGAAUAAUGAAUUGUACAAAAAUGCGGAUGGGGUAAACUUUGAUGACAGUUCAAAUCCCCCCUUUACUGCUGAGUUGGAACAAGACAUUGCACUAAUCAAGGAAGAUACUCAGGUUAAAGCUGAGUCUAAUGAUUUGGAGGGUGCUGUUAAUGUUUCUAGUCCAAACCUGGAAACUUCUAAAACUGAAAUCCAGACUAGCCUAGAAUUCACGAGUUGUGCUGAAGAUGGCAAAUUGAAAACCAAAAAGUAUUCAAGAGAUUUUUUACUUAAGUUUGCCAGCCAAUGUACUGAUCUACCUGAAGGUUUUGAGAUCACAACUGAUUCUGCAGAGGCAUUGAUGGCUUCUGAUGUUAAAGGUUCUAAUAAACCGUACCAAAAUCAUGGCAAGAUGAUUGAUAAUAGACGAUCUGUGGGGUCUAGACCAGAUUAUCACGGUAGUGGAGUGGUACGUGAAGAGAAGUGGAGUAAACUACCUGGACCACUUAUGUCUGGACGGGAUACUCAAGGAGGGAAUUUUGGGGGUCAUAUAAGCACUGCCCUUGCACAGUCACCACUUCCUUAUGGUGGGGGUAAUCUUGUAGGGCCCAUUGGUGCUCAUGGAGGUGGUAUGCAAAGAGGCACUGUUGAUGCUGACAGAUGGCAACGAGGAACUGCUUUCCACAAGGGUUCAAUGCAUUUCCCUCAUUCUCCAUCACAUGUGAUGCAUAAAGCUGAAAAGAAGUAUGAAGUUGGUAAGGUUACAGAUGAGGAGCAGGCAAAGCAAAGGCAAUUGAAAGCAAUUCUCAACAAGCUCACCCCCCAGAAUUUUGAAAAGUUGUUCCAGCAAGUCAAAGACGUCAAUAUUGACAAUGUGACAACACUUAGUGGUGUAAUUUCACAAAUUUUCGAUAAAGCUUUGAUGGAACCCACUUUCUGCGAGAUGUAUGCCAACUUCUGUUUCCGUCUUGCUGCCGAGCUUCCUGUUUUGAGCGAAAACGAUGAAAAGGUCACUUUCAAGAGAUUGCUUUUGAACAAGUGCCAGGAAGAAUUUGAGAGAGGUAAGCGAGAGGAAGAAGAAGCUAAUCUAAUUGAUGAAGUGGAAGGUGAGACAAAACUAUCAGAUGAGGAAAGAGAGGAGAAAAGAUUAAAAGCACGAAGAAGAAUGUUAGGCAACAUUAGACUGAUUGGAGAGCUUUACAAGAAGAAAAUGUUGACAGAGAGGAUAAUGCACGAAUGCAUACAAAUUUUGCUAGGUGAGAGUGAGAAUCAGAACCCAGAUGAGGAAAACAUUGAAGCAUUAUGUAAACUAAUGAGCACGAUUGGUGUAGUGAUAGAUCAUGCAAAAGCCAAGGUCUACAUGGAUUCUUAUUUCUCUGGGAUGGCAAAUUUGUCAAACAACAUGAAACUGUCUUCCCGGGUGAGGUUUAUGUUGAAAGAUGCGAUUGAUCUUCGGAAGAAUAAGUGGCAGCAAAGGAGGAAAGUGGAAGGACCAAAAAAGAUUGAAGAAGUGCACAGAGAUGCUGCUCAAGAAAGGCUAAUCCAAGCAAGUAGGACUUCUUUUGGCAGGAGAGGCCAACACAUAGAUUAUUCACCUAGAGGUCCGAGCAUGUUGCCUUCACCAAGCUCACAGAUGGGCGGUAUCAGACAAACAUCUCGCUUGGACGAUAGAAGUACUUCUGAAAAUAGACCAUUAUCACUUCCGUUAACCCAGAGAUCCCUUGGAGAACAUAUUACACUUGGGCCUCAAGGUGGUCUUACAAAGGGACUGUCUUUUAGGGGACAUACGAAUGUUUCAAGAGUACCUUCUGCUAAUAUCCAAAGUUCAGGAAGUUCCAAUAAACUUACAUCUGGUGUUAAUGGCUUUAGUCGUAUGCCUGAAGGAGUAACACAUGGCUCAAUGGAGGAUGGCUCAGAGAGCUGCAUUCUUGAAAAGCUUCCCACUUCUCCUACAGUCCGAGUGGGAGGGACCAGCUCUAUGCAGAAUGUCCUUCAGGACAAAGUGCUGCCAGAAGAACGCUUGCAAGAGCUAUCAAUAUCUGCAAUUAAAGAAUUUUAUAGUGUCAGAGAUGAGAAGGAGAUUGCUCUGUGUGUGAAAGAUCUGAAUGCACCUAGCUUCCACCCAUCAAUGAUAUCUAUAUGGAUCAGUGAUUCAUUUGAGAGGAAGGACACAGAAAGGGGCCUUCUAGAGAAACUUCUUGUCAAUUUAACGAAGUCUCAGGAUGCUAUUCUAAGUCCAGAUCAGCUGAUUCGGGGGUUUGAAUGUGUUCUUUUGAACUUGGAGGAUACAGUAAAUGAUGCUCCAAGAGCAGCAGAGUUUCUUGGCCGUAUCUUCGCCAGAGUGGUUUGGGAAAAUGUGGUACCAUUGGAGGAGAUUGGGAGGUUGUUACGUGAAGGUGCGGAGGAGAAAGGGCAACUCAUUGAGACAGGGCUUGCAGCAGAUGUUCUUGGAAGCACAUUUGAGAUGAUUAAAUCAGAGAAAGGUGAUUCUUUGUUGAAUGAUUUGUGUAGAAGGUCUAAUGUGCUGCCUAACAACUUCCGGCCUCCAGGUUCUAGCAAGAAAUCCAAACUGGACAAAUUUCUAAUUCCAUAGGCCUAUAUAGAUAUUUUAUGUGGUUUGAGUCCUCGUCCUGAUGCACUGUUAGCAUGCUGAUCUAUACUUUAGGUGCGUAGGUAUUUUUUGCUUUGUUUUUUCUUAAUGUAAAAAGUCGUUUGCUGCACCAUUAUAAACCCACAUAGAUGACAGCAGUUUUUAUAUUCAUUGUUUGCUGUGACAAUGCUUAUAUGUUCAUUAUUAACGCCGCGUCCACGAGAUAUGGAAGAUCUGACUUAUGGUUAAA